GGCAAUGUCUCAGGCAGAGAGAAGCAGCACGGAGCCUGCUGCUGGGAAACUGGGACAGGAUAGCGAGGAGGAGGAGGAGGAGGAAGCCGAGAUCCUGGAGGAGAGUCCGUGCGGCCGCUGGCAGAAACGGCCCGAGCAGGUGAGGCAGGGCAAUGCAGCUAGCAUUGAGAAGACGUUCCUGGCCAUGGACACUGAGGAGGGGGUGGAGGUUGCUUGGAAUGAGGUUCACUUCGCCAAUCACCGGGUCUUCCACCUUCAUGAGGAGAAUAUUAAGUUGGUUUUUGAACAUUUCAUGCAGCUGGAACAUCCCAACAUUGUCAAAUUUCAUAAAUACUGGAUUGACAACAGCGAGAACCCAGACAGGAAGAGACCUGCAGGAGAGAGUCACACCAGGGCUUAUGGAAUAGUGUGGAAAGCGAUUGAUCGGCAGACCGGAGAGGUGGUGGCAGUCAAGAAAAUAUUCGAUGCGUUCAGAAAUCAAACAGAUGCACAGAGGACAUUUCGAGAAAUAUUAUUCCUUCAGGAAUUUGGAAACCAUCCUAAUAUUAUCAAACUGCUCAAUGUGAUUCGAGCAGCAAAUGACAAAGACAUCUACUUGGUCUUCGAGUAUAUGGAGACUGAUUUGCACGCUGUGAUAAAGAAGGGAAAUCUGUUGAAGGAUAUUCACGUUCGCUACAUCCUAUACCAGCUAUUGAAAGCCACCAAGUUUAUCCAUUCCGGAAAUGUUAUCCAUCGGGAUCAAAAGCCUUCCAACAUCCUUCUGGAUGCGGAUUGUUUUGUCAAACUCUGUGACUUUGGUCUGGCUCGUUGCAUUAAUCAGAUCCAGGAGGAGCAGGGGAAUGCAGCAUUAACGGAGUAUGUGGCUACUCGCUGGUAUCGAGCACCAGAAAUCCUCCUCGCAUCUCCCAGAUACACAAAAGGCGUGGACAUGUGGAGCAUUGGAUGUAUUCUAGGAGAGAUGUUGCUUGGGAAACCACUUUUUCCAGGAACUUCCUCAAUAAAUCAAAUCGAAAGAAUCAUGAGUGUAAUUCCAGCACCUUCCAAGGAAGACAUCCUGUCCAUUAACUCCGAUUACGGGGCCUCGGUUGUUCAGAAGGUGUUGAGCAGGCCCAGGUCUUCAAUCGAUCUGCUCCUGCCCAGCACCACACCACCAGACGCUCUGGACCUGCUGAAUAAACUGCUGGUAUUUAAUCCAGACUGUCGGCUGACUGCUGAGGAGAGCCUCUCACACCCCUAUGUCAACAGGUUUCACAACCCAUUGAAGGAACCAGGACUAGAUUGUGAUAUCGUCCUUCCUGUGAACGAUGACACACAGCUGUCUGUGGGAGAGUAUCGGAACAAGCUGUAUGAGAUGAUUCUAGAGAGAAAGAUCAAUGUUCGACUCCAGAAGCGCUUCCUGAAGGGACUAGAGCCAGUGAAACCGUCGCCAGACCCUGACCAGAAAGAACUGAUGCCAGCCGGUCCCAAAACCAUAGGUGUAUCCACAACAGAGGGAUCCAUUCAGCCUGUGCUACAUGGAGACAGAGCGCUCAACAAUCCAAUAGUAAACCGCAGCUCAUAUAAUCCAAUAACUCACAAUGCCAUAUCAUACGCAUCCUCUCACAGUGAGUAUCAGGUGGCAAUGCUUGAUCCUAGCAACAGCAUUUACUCUAAAGCUCUAUAACAUAAGCAAUUGGCAUAGAUCAUGUAGCCCCUUGAAACUACUGAAUCAUUCAAUAUGAAUAUGGCUAAUCUGAUUGUUGCCUUGAUUUCCUGAGACACCAAAAAUCACUCUCCCAGCCUUAAAUAUAUUCAACAACGGAGACUCCACAAUUCUUUUUGACACAGAAUUCCAAAGAUUUACCUCUUGAGUAAGUAAUUCCUCUAUAUUCCUGUGGUCAAUUGCCUGCCUGUUACCGUCAGACUGUGUCCUGUAUUUUAGAUUAUGCAGCUAGGGGGAGCUG